GAGCGACAUUGGAGGAGCUGCUGGAACUAUCCAGCUUUGUCGGAGUGCUAAGGACCCCAGCAGAAUAUUUCCAUAGUACACGAACUGGUCUGCAGUAUCUGCAUCGUCUCAAUUUACAGUUGUUGCAUCGUUUGGUUCUGCAAUUGUAUCGCUAAAAUACCAUGGAGAACGGCGGAGACAGCACAGCAAAGAUGAAGUAUUGUUCUCUAGGGAACGUCACGCUGAAAGAAAUUGAAGACUUGUUGAUAGAAAACUUUGCGAAGGAUGAAAAUCUUCUGAAGCUGUGUCGGAACUGCGAGGGCGGCCAGCUGGACGACUACCGUCGCCGAGCGAAGGAGAUCAUCACCUCCCACGACUGGAGAGUCUCGCGACUGGCGGUGGACGCCGCUACAGGCACGGUGGCCGGCGUCUGCCUGUGUGACAUGUCCACCCUCGACCAGCCGACCCAUGCUCUCGACGCCACGUUGCAAAACAAAUCCGAGGCAUGCCGCCUCAUUGCUGAUUUCCUUCUCCAGGCAGAGGAAGGAUACGAUGUGUUCAAGGAUCUCGGAGUCAAGAAGGUGCUCAAUCUGAAUAUCGUGACCGUUGAUAAAAGGUAUCGCCGUCAGGGCAUAUCAUUUGAACUCAGACGCCAGUGCCUUGAGCUGGGCCGCCAGCAUGGCUGCCAAGCUGUUGUCGAUGUCGCCACCUCGCCCUACACUCGCAAAGCGCUCGUCAAGCUCGGCUUCGAGCGGGUCAAGUUCCUGCCCUUCACUCAGUCGGUGCUCGCCGGUGUUGAGAAGGUCGACCUGUCGGGCUGUGGACCCGAUGAUGGAGCCGCUCUGAUGGUUCUCCAGCUGUGAGAGUGAUCUCAGGGAAGCCUUGGAGGUCCUGAAGGAUGAUGAUGCCUCUUGGGUCUAGCUCAUCAUAGCAGGCAUGUAGUUAGUCAUCGAGGAAUGUAUGUGCUUAAUCUUUUGAUGUGCGAUGUGACGAUGUCAGUUGCAACUUGCAGACUGUUAAAUUAUAGAAGACAGUUUGAUGAAAAUCAGCAAAACACACGCUACUGUUUCGAUUGCUGCAUUGUCCUAUAUCAGUUAUCACGGCUUGCAAUUUUACAUUGAGGACUGAAGUAUGAAUUUUGCAUAUGAUAUUUUACUGCUCGGGUAGAUGAGACGAGAGGGCAGGCUGGAGCUGAUUUUGACCAAGUGUUAAAAAGUUGACUCAUUUCAGCUACAAUUAGGACUCAGGCCCUAUCACGACACCGGCUGUGCUGUGAACAGCAGUGCAAGAAUCGAACUCACUUCAGUCCUUUGAAUGGUGCUGGCCAGCAGCUUACCCCGAUUAAGUUGGCAGCCCUCAUUUGUCAUGUCUUGAUACGGGUCUGUUAUUGACAGUUGCUUUAUUAGAAACGGGUAAUUCGAAAUGCAUGAGAAAUAAUAUAAACACAGGGCUGAAAGCAUUCAUAGGAGGGGUGCUUCAGAGCUAAUCGUGUCGAAAUC